AUGUCAGAGAGAGAGUCAUUAAACAGUCAGUUGGAGCAUCUCCAGAUGAGAUAUGUUGGUACAGGUCACUCUGAUAUAUCAAAGUACGAAUGGCUUACCAAUCAACAUAGAGACAGCUACGCAUCAUAUAUUGGACAUAACUCACUCAACUCUUUGUUUGCAAUAGCAGAGAAUGAAUCAAGAGGUAGAAUAGAGUACAACUUAUUACAGAAAAUGAUACAACCCUGUGGACCAUCACCUGCAGUCAAGGACAAGAAGAACAUUGUUAUGAAGAGAUAA